GUAACAUACGGGGAAUCCUGGGAAAUAUAGUUUAGCUGCUGUAGCUUCGGAGCUGGAGGGAGAUUCGAAAACACACAUAGACUCUAAAUAAACGCAGACUGUCUGACUUACAGCGGAUUUAUUAGUGUGGUAUAACUGCGGGGGUGCGUUUAAUAUGGAAAUGAAUAAACUGCUGCGCGGAUAUUAAAGAUUAUGGUGGUUUUCUGCUCCUCUUCUUUUACAGCUGACGGACCCGCUGACAGGCUAACAGGCUAGCGGCUAACGGGAACGUUACCGAGGGAAAGCGGCGCUGAGGAAAACCGAGAUGGCUUACAAGUGACAGUCACUGAUAUGAUCAGUAUGCCCUUAUUACUAAAAUGGAUGGCACUGAUUUAAAAUCCAAAUACAGCAGAGAGUCUAAAGAUCCUCUCACAUCCUGCAAAUAUGGAAGUAAAGUUCGAGGUCCUUCUGUCCUCCAGCAUCAAACGAAAAAAGCCAUGGCCGAAAUUUUGUUGGCUUGGGAAGGAGAAAGAAGGUGUCUUUCUUUUGGAUGACACUCGGAUCAGUGAAAUCAACCUGGUGUCGGGGCAGACCAAGAAGAAGACCCCAACAUUGCAGCCUUUGUUGCCAAGAGUGGUUACAAUGGCUGGGUCUCAGAAUGGUGCAUGGCUGGUUGGACUACUGGUUACCGGAGAGCUUUUUCUGUGGAACAGAGACAAAGACUCCUUAAAGACAGUUGCUGCUGUUUCUGCUGUAUAUGAACUGGCAUCGGCUGGUAAAGCACUGCGCCUCUCCCUGCUGGUCUCGGGGGACGGACAGAGGGUUCUCCUGGUCUCUGUCACAGGGCAGGUCUUCCUGUGGGAAUGCCUGGUCCCUCAAGAUUUAAACAGUCCAAGAGACAGCACCAUCCGGGGGCUCUGGAGUCAGAUAGCAUCCUCAGAAAAUACACAACUGCCUUCGUCCAAAGACAAGGAAGCUUCUCUACACUCUGUGUUUAUCCAGAGCGAGACUGUAGGUGAUGUUUGCCUGAGUGCUUUCGUCUUCACCAAUAGAGAGGAACUGAUGGUCACCAUCCUGAAGAUUCAGUGGGAUCAGACCUGGGAGAACAAGCUCAGAUUAGAAAGAUACAGCGUUCAGUGGGUCACCAAAACCUUUCCACUCAGGAAUCUUGAGCCUCCAUGUCGACCUGUGAAGUCAAGAGGAGCUCUGGUACCAGCUUUCUCACCAGAUGGCCAACUUUUAGCAAUAAUCCUUAAUCAGAAAGAUCCAAGGGCUACUCAGGUGUUGUACAUUAGCGCCCAGAACUUUGUGACUGUAUCCAGCUUGCUGGGAGGAUGCGGCAGUAAGAAGCUCAAUAUCCCAGCUAAAUAUGUGAGGUCAUAUUGGGUGGGCUGUGCGAGUUGGAGUCCAGAGGGGCUCUAUCUUGCGUGUGUACUGAAGAGAGGUUCCCUCUUGUUGCUGGCCCGCUUGGGUGGUUUGGUCUCUCUUUCGACAGCUGGGUGUGACAUUGAGUUUGGCCCAGCACACUUUCUGCCUCUUCAUCCACUGGUCACCUAUAGACCUCCAGUGCCUUUGCAGUCACCGGACGAUGCCCUCUCCAGCUCCAGUGUGUCUCUCCGUGACCCGAUGAGACAGAGGUACUCUGUGACUUGGCACCCGAGGCUGCCUUGCCUCCUUAUGUCAGAUGGCUACAUGGUGACCAUGCUGAAGAUGGCCAGCAGGCCCUCACCUACUUCGCUGAUGAGCAGUGUUCUCUUGGACACGGCUCAGGGGCUGGAGAGAGUAAGCAGGCUCCUGGGGUCAGAGCAGCCCCAGGUCAGACCUAGACUGGAAUCCAUGUCCACUCUGAAGUUCACAGCAAGCCUGUUGGCACUAAAAGAGAAAGAGAUUCCUGCGUCAACUCUACCUUUAUUUCUCAGAGAAGGAGAGGACAACGCAGGGUUGAAACUGACCAUUGAGAAAGCCCAGGGUGAAGAUGACGAAGAAGACUCAGACAUUGGUCAGUACACACACUCUGUUAUGCAGGAUGGUGGGAGGCUGGAAUUCGCCUCCAUGUUUGACACCCUUCAUGCCCAGCACUUGUCUGACCCUGAAGACUCAGAGCAAGACUCUUCUGUUCUCCUGGAGGAACUGGCCACAGCACGGCAUAAUAUUCUCACCGCUUGGGCUUUUGGAGUAUCUCAAGGUGGUAUCAUGGAUCAGAGGGAGCGUCUGCUGAAAUACACCGUCUCUUGUGCUGUUCGGCUGGCCCGAAUGCUGCGGAUUGCUCUCCCAGUGGUGCAGCGUCACAGGGAGGAUAAAGGCACCUGGACUUCUCAUGUGUUUGACCUCAUUAGGUCUCUGCUCUGCUUCUUACCUUGGGAUUCCCCUCACAAGGGAAGCAGCAGUUGCUUUAGGGUCAUAGUAGAUCUUGUGCAGUGCUUUGUACAUUUCUUUCUACCAUUAUCAUUAGAUAGUGUUUGUUCUUCUCAAAAUUUCACUGCAGCACUUCUGGUCCUUGAGGAGACCUCAAAGACUCUGGACUUGACUUAUAGUUUACCUGAGCAGACUGUGCAGCAGGAACGGGAGGAUCAUGCUCCCUGUCCUUCGGACAUGUUCUUCAUCCCACUAUUACAGGAAAGCAAAGAGGCUGAAAGCGUGACUUCACAGCUACUACUGCCCAACAGACCUUCAAACAGAUUGAUAACCAUGUGGAGGAAAUUGUACAGGCAAGCUUUGCAGUAUCAAGCCAAAUUAUUUAGUCAAACAAACCUGGAAAGCCAGAGGAAGGAGUUCGAGAACAUGUCAAAUAUAAUUUCUCAAAUCCAGGAGGCUCUUCAGAGAGGUGGUGAUCUUUUGGAGGAAAGUCCUGCCCUGCACAAUAUAACAGGAGAACAGCACUUCAUUUUAGGUGAAUACAGCAAGUGUGUCCAGGCCUGGCGAGUCCAAUUAUGGGCAGAGAGAGAAAGGGCAGUUGGUCCACGGACAGGCUUCCUGGAGACACGUUACUGCCUGGCUCUUCUGUUUGGCCAGCUGUUCCAGUAUCGGCUGAGGGAGGCCCAGGCCUUGUGUGACUUCUUGGCCCGGCGGCUACAAUCUCAAAACGGCCAAGUGGAAGAACAUAGCCGAGAAGAGAAGAGUGAUGAAGCUCAUUUUGAAGGCUGGCUUCCACAGCAAGUGAAUAAAGAAGCUGCCUGUGCAGUGGUACAGUCUUUAGGGAGGUUCAUGGCCUCCUACUUCACCAACCAGCCACUUGCCAUCUUCCCACCCCACAACGUGGACAUCCUGCCCCCUCUGCAUUUGCCUCAUUUGUCAGGGCGCCGCAUGGUGGCCCUGUCUCAGAGCAGGGUGGCAGGCGCAGUGCGAUCACAGCAUCUCUCAGAAUUGUGGACAGUGGACUAUGCUCUGGAGCUCCUCCUGCUGGGAGGGCUGAUGCCUGAAGCUGUGUGGUUGGCUCACAGCCUGGGUGACUGGAAGACUGCUGCGUCCCUUGGCCUGGCCUACACCACCUACUGCAGGCUGCACUACGAUUUCAGCAGGCUGAAAUGGAAAGAGCUGCAUCUGCCUGUUGAGCUGCAUCCUGGCUGGAUCUUUCAGAACCAGCUGGAGUCAUUAAUGGGCUGCGUGGCUUCGUCUGAUGAAAGAGGGAAAGAUACAGCAGAAGUAGAAGAUAUGGACGUUCUACAGGCCUCUGUGCAGGAGAUCCUGAAGGCUUCAGUCAUGGCUGAAGUAGAUGUUGUCUCCCAGCCCCUUUCCCAGCUACUAGACUCAGCCAAAGAGCACGCCCACUCCUUCCCCAUGCUCGUCCCUCCUGUCUUUUACCUUCCUGCACCUCCUCUGUAUUGUCCGCAGCCUUCUCCUAACACCCAGGUACAUGAAGACUCAUUUGGAAAUGGGAUGCUGGUCCUGGAGAGGGAGUUGCGUUGCCAUGUUGCUGGAGUUUUGCAAAGAGUGCUGCUGCUGUUUAGGGCUGCCCAUUGCUCCCGACCUGCGGCCCAGUGGUACAUAAGCAGCCUGCGCCGCUGUCGCCAGAUUUACCGCAAGGUCAGAAAGUGGAAGGUUGAGUCUAAAGAUGACCUUCUUCCCGAAGGGCUGAAGAAGUUCACAAAUUUCUGUGGAUUUUUCCGUUCAGGGCACCUAGGGCAUAAAGACAUGGACAGUGUUUCUAAACAGACAAUAGUUUGCUUCAGAGAGCUGUGUGGCUUGUGCUGGAUGCUGCAUGUUCGAGACCAACUCACAGUUUCCUGUAGGAAGUACCAGACUGCUAGGAGCAAGUCUCUGAACUCUCAGCUUCCUGAUGUCAGAGUAUCUGAGCUGUGUGAGGAGGCCCUGCGCUGGGUCUGCCGCCUGCUGCCUUUCUCACGGUUCCUCUGUGCUGAGGAGGUUUUGCAGGACCUGGCUCUUAGCCUGGUGGCCGAACUUCCACCUGUUCCAAUGGUGACAGAAACUCUGGUCAGGAUGUUUCCAAACGAGGAAGAAUCUGUUCGUGUACCUUUGCGGGACAAGUACAGCUCAAUGAUGCACAGAUUCCAAACCUGUGUUGUGCAGACCUCUACACCCAAACCAGCCUCAGAGUCAGGCGGUGAGGAAGAGGAAGAGGGCGAGACCAUGAUGCUGCUGAUCCAGGACCAGCGGAGGCAGCGCUGCAAAGAAGAGCGCCGCUUGGCCAAGAAUCUGGCCCCUCUGGAAAGGCAUCUCUGGGAGAGAGACGAAGGGGAGGAGAAGGGAGGAACCGCCUCGAUGUUGAGCAGAUUCUCUCUGGAUACUAACUUGAGUAACAGCACCCUGACCGACUAUGAACGACCUCUAGUGGGCAGUGAGACAGACAUGGCUGAUACAUUGUCAGAGCCUCUCUCACCUGACAUGCAGACCAGGCCACAUCACAGCUCCAGGUUUCAGAAAGCUGAGGACAGAUCUGAAACAUCAAGGAAUGAGAGAAAUGCAGAUGGACGCUCUAAGUCUGUGACUAAGGGAGCAGCCCAGGGGUCAGUUGUUGAUGAAGGAAAUAACACUGGACCCACUUUACCAACUGUGGGAACAUGGGUGUUUGAGCUUGAGGAUGAGGAGUACCUUAGAUUCCUGGAGCUCUUCUACAGCUAUGUGUUGGAGAAGGACAGCCUAGACACGGAAGAGUCAGAGCUGCCUCUGCUGAGCAGCUUUUCAUCACAGCUGCGAGAAAGAGAGCUUCACUCCGACACCUUCGACAUGCUGACCACACUCAAGCGCCGCAAAGCUGGUCGAAAGCGGGACGCGCUGCUCCCAGUGUUCUGCGCUGGCCGCUGCUUUCACAUACUUCCUGUAACUCCUGAGCCAACCCCCUCAGUCAGCUUAGCUCCUUCUGUUAUCAGUGAUGCCCACACCGCUCAAACCAGCAUGUCGGUUAAGCCUCUCCGUGGGAAACAGCCAGGAUUGUUCAGCCUUCUCCAGAGGCGCGGCCAGUCUGCCAAUUCUGUGGUUCGUGCAGAAAAGAGCCCCGUUAAGACUUUGUUUCAACUGGCCCCACAAAUUGAACCCUGGCUCUUUAAGGCUGUUUCACACCCUGAUGUGGACCUACAGCUGGAGCUGGACUCCAAGUUGGAGACCCAGUUUCCCAGACUGGGCAGGCUGUUUGAAUGGAUGCUGCGCUGGGCAGACAGAAGUGUCCUGGUUAGUCAGACCAGCAGGAAGACGUUAGAGGGUGCAGGGGAGCCUGUGGUCAUUAGGGCCAAAGCCUCGGCUCCUGCUGUACUCCUGGCUCUGAGGCUGCUGGAGCAAAGGUAUACUGCUGGCCUGCAGGGAACUGACAAGCAUGGGGUCCAGCUUAAGGGGCAGAAGAGGGACUUUACAGUGGCUCCAGUGCUGCAACCUGAGACUGGCUGUAUAAGAGAGCGAGAGAGCAGCAUUGACACUGGCUAUCCUACUUCAGCAGAGACUCCCAUCACCUUACAUGAUCUAGAACCUCAGCAGGGAUGUGGCUUGAGGAUGUGUGAACCUGAGGAGAUUCAGGACAACCACAGCAUCUCUCACAUGUCUGGGCUAAAGGAUGUGAAUUCUGAUUCUGACAUUAGUCUAAAGGGAACUGGAAGAGAGAGUGAACUGAUUGUCAUGUGUGAAUCAGAAGAUAACAGCAGUAUAGAGGAGACCUUGGAAGGAUCUUUACUUGGACCAGACAUUUCUGUUCAAAUACAGACCCCCAGCAAAAAUUUUACUGGGUCUAGAAAGAAGGCUUUGACAUUGGCAGAUUUGGAGAACACAAGGAGAACUGAAGAUUCCGAAUCUGAAUCUGAUUGUAGCUCUGAGGGAGGCGGUGGUGCACCUGUAGAACCACCUGAAGAGGAAACAGCUUCCAGUUCUGUAAGUGAGGCCCCAGAACCAGCAUCUUCUCAGCAGAACAACCAGCAUUGUUCCCAAAUGUCAAAUCCUCCAGCUGCCCUUGGAACAAUAAGCCAUGCCCCCAGUAACGUUCUGCCUCAGAACGGAGCAAACACUCAGCCUGACCCGGUCAGACAGCUACUCCAGGAUGAGCUUUUCAGACUUGUUCAGUUGCAGCAGAUCAACUUUAUGAGUCUAAUGCAAGUUGUGGGAGCGUCAUUUACAAACCUGCCCCUGUCCCAAUCCACCAAUCCACUUUUGGCACAGCUCAGUAUGCCUGGCUCCCAAACUGCAGCACCUGCACAACCACAGCACCAUGCCAGUAUGGCAGCUGUGGUACAGUCUGAACAUGGCUUUCAGAGCAUGAGCACCCAGACCUCUGAAAACAUAAGACAAAAGAAUGCAGACGGGCCUUUCUCUAAACCCCAGAACAGGACAACUAACAUUGCAGAUGAACAGCGGAAUAGUGAGGCAGCCAGACCUUCAUUAAGUCCUAUUAACUCAAGACUCAACCCUCAGGAAAACCAGCAGCUAACCAUUCGUUCUGAUUGGCCUGAGGAUGGCCAGACAGAAGGUAGACGUUUUAUUCCUCCUUCUCAGGGGCUUCUCACCACUGUGGAGAAUCAAACUCCCCCACAAGCAGGUCUUACCAGAGGCAGGCCCAAUGACCGUUCCAUCUUUAACCCUCCAGAGAGAACUGCCCCAGUAAUGCAGGGGCUAAAGCUUCUCCAGCUGCCCUCUGCCCAACCUCCUCUACUGCGUCCCCCUCCUCCUCCUGCCCCAGUGAGAGAAGCCUGGGGAGCCCAAACCCUUCACCUCAGCAGCACUCACCAUGAACCCAGCGUGAUUAGGAGAGUAGAGGAGGACAGGAGCAGGACGAGUGCUGAGCCCACAGCAGUACCACCACACCUAAACCUUAACCAGUACACCAGGCAGUCUCCACCACAAGUUCUAGAAAUAUCAUCAGAGAGGGGGGCAGUGGGAGAAGCCCUUUGCUUGCCUCCUGCAUCCCACUCAGGGCUCCGGCUACUGCAGUUUCCACCUUCCUCUAAAGCUCAACCCAUCCAGCUGCCUCAAAUACCCAACUCUGCUCCAGUGAAGCAGCUCACGAUGGGCCCUGCAGCAGUAGGCCCUUACCCCAGACUGCAGCUGCUGCGCACUGAACCCGAGCCACCAAGUCACUUACAGUAUGCUGCACCUCCUGUGCGUGUUCCUCGCCUGAUCCCGCUGGAGGAGCUUUUGGGCUGGGCUGCUGGGAGGAGCCAGGGAAUGGACCCUAAAAUCCAGCUGCUCAAGACAGACAUACUUCCAGAGAGAAGAACACACACAGCAACCCCCUCUAGGAAGAGGCUCAAAAGGAGGGAAAUGAAAAAAAGAGAAGAAAAAGUUUUUGUCACCUUCAGAUCAGACGACUCAAUAAUCCCCCCAUCUCAGCCUGAGGAGAAAGAACCUACUCCAGAUGCUGGCUAUGCCAUUCCUUUAGGUUCCUUUGACUCAGUGCUGUCUGGUGAGAGGCUGCUUUCCGAGGCCUAUUCCACAUCAGCAGAGCUUCAUGCAUUUGCUUCCACACAAAAACAAGCUCCUGAAAUCCAGGACGCUUGCACCAACACUGAGCCAGCCUCACCUCGCCCUGUCACUGAUAAAGCUGUUUCAGCCCAGCUUGCUGCAUCUCCGGGUCAUACAUCUGCUCACAGAUGUGUUGAUAUGGCCCCAGUUGUCCCACCAGAUAUGUUCCUCAACCUGCGCUUCAGGAGAGAUGUAAAUACCAAGCAACCAGAGAGCUCAGGGUUUGCAGAAACUAACGUGAACACGGCUGGCCGGAACUUUAUCAGUGUUAUCGAUCUGGAGGACGUCAGUCUCCUGCAGGACCUGCCGCCUUCCCUGCCAUCUUUUCAGACUCCUGCUCAAACCACAUCAGCUUCUCCACCUACAUCUGCUCAGCUUCAUCUUUUAGCAGCUUCUGUGACCAACUCUGCUGCAACCAACACAGAGCUCCGUACAGAAGAGCAGGAUGAGGAACUUCCUGGUCCUUCUAACUCCUCACCUCCUGCAGCAAUGAGGAACCUUCCUGAAUUGGAACCUAGUGGAGAUCCAGUCACCCUCAGAGUGCUGAUGGACCUCCAAGCUCCAGAGAAGUCACUGUCUGCACGGCAGCAAAGAGACUCAUUCCUGUUUUCUCGCAACCAAGUCUCGGCCCGUCUCGCUGAGAUGGAUGCCCAGUUGGCUGCACUGCAGGACAUUGCUGACCGUAUGGACCAUGAAUUUGCCAAUACCAGGCUGUUGGUGAACACUAUAGAGACUCUGUGUCCAGCAGUGAAGCCUGUCGAGAGGGACAAACCAUAUUCUAGCACUUUCAGAGUUCUAAAAGGAGCAAAGAGUUUUCGACACGUGGAUCAUCAUGUUGAUGAGCAGUUCAACAUGGAAGAGGAAAAAAAAGAAGAGCAGAUGGAUGAAAGUUUUUUGACCUCUGCACUGAGUGAUAAUGUUUCUCUUGGUUUGGACGGGCUCUCGUCUCUCCGUCCACUUGCAACAUCUACCCAGAGCUUGGCCAAGCAUGCUCACACCUCUGCUGCAGUGAAACCAGAGCAGUCUCAGUGGAAUGCCAGCCGAGAAUUGAUUGAAUCAUCUAUGGAUAUCUCUGGCAUACCAGCUGAUAACACCCUGGGUCUGAGUGGGCUGAGCGAUGUUGCCGAUAUCUUGGGAGAUUUGGUGAAGCAGGGGGCGCUGUCCCCCUCAGCACUGCGUCUUUCUUCAUCAGUGGCCAGACAGAGCAGCCGGCUUCAGGAGCAGCAGAGGAAAACUAUGAUGGAUGAGGAGACAAGUGAGCUGAGGACCUGGAUGAAGAAGAAGCAGCGUGAAAGACUGGUGGAGUAUCGAAAACAAAGGGAGGAGAAAAGAGAGAGAGAGCGCAAACCCUUCACGCCUCCAGUCUCAGUGAAUCCAUCGUCUAAAGACUUAACAAUCAACAAAAAGAAGAAAGAGGAGAGAGAUAAAAUGGCCCUACUGGAGCACCAUUCCCAGAGAGCCCAGGAAGCCUGCAGCCUGAUCACAGACCUGCUUACUGCCCCUCUCCACCUCCCCACUGCCUCAAGCAGCACCACCAUGAACCAGACCCGAGAGUCUAGGCCCAGGAGCCAAAACCAGUCUAUAGCGAGGAGUAAGAAAAGUCCUAAAGGACAAAGAGGACGAGCACGGUCCGUCUCGGCUCUUGGGAAGACCGUGGUGCUGCAGAGAAGAAGUGCAUCAGGACCACCUGGGACCCUCAGCAGCAGACUUGGGCUCCAUAGACCAGCAAGUGCACUUCCAGGUGAUCGCCUGUCGCAGGUCACACGGCGGGGCAUGCUGACUGACCUGAGAGGACGACCAAGGGUGAAAAUCACACCCCCAAGCCCUCAUGCUGGUCUAAACAGGACCCCAGUAGAACAGAAAACCACAAGACAGAAAGAGCUGUCCUAUCUGGAGGACACAGAGGAGCGGGACGUGGUGAGCCCCUGGGACACUCCCGCUGAGAUCCGCAGAAUCCUUGGGCUUGAGAGAAACGACAGGGAGCAGGAUCUGGAGGUGGAUGAACAGGGGAGGCUAGGCGCUCUUUCAGAAAGUACAGGCAGUUUGCUAAGUAAACUGGAUUGGGCAGACAUUGAGAGAAUUGUGGCUGAAGAAGAAGACAUGGAUGGCUGAAGCCUGGAUAUAUGCGCGCUCUUCAUCACUCUUAUUUAUAAUAUUGCUUACAGCUGGGAUAUAUUUGCAGCCAUGGACAUAAACUGUUUAUUCUUCAAGCAGGUACUUUAUACAAUGCUGGGUAUUAAGUCUUUCUUUGUAUUGCUUUUAUACUGAAUAAAAAUAUUUAUUUGAUCUG